AAUGUACGAUUUUACAAGAAUGCAAAAAUUAGUUGAUAGAAUGUAAAAACUAUAACCUGCCAACCCUCCUCCUGAUACUAGGUUUUUACCUGAAGAAUUAAAGAAAGAUAAAAUUAUUGAUGAUCCACAGAUGAUUGUAAAGAAGGCAAAAAGAUAACUCCUCAUUAAGAACUAAAAAGCUUAAAAUGGGUUGAAGCCAAUCGAAGAUGAAAGACUAUUACUGAUUUAAAAAGAGAAUUACUUAAAGAAAAAGUAAAGAGAAUUGGAGAUGGAAUAAGUCAAAAAAGAAUUAGCAGAAUAAAAAAAGCAGGAAAAAUUAAAAUUAGAAUAAGAAACAUAAAGGGCUCUUAUUAUUGUCAAAGAAAAAAAAGAGUAAAAAACCACAUUUAUUGUAUUAGGAUUUCAUAAGUUGAGAAGGAAGAAAAAAUAAAAAAGCGAAAUGAUAAUGAAUUUUAAAAGAGAAAACUAAAGGCAAAUAAUUCAAUAUAAAUGUCUUCAAUUGAUGCAUCUUAUGUAUCACAAAACUUAAAUACCUCAUUAAUUAAGAAAUAAAUUUUAGAUUAUCAUACUCUACCUAAAGAACAAUAUAAUCGUAUUUAUCGUCAACCAGUAAGCCCACCAAAAUGA